AUGCUUGUAAGGCCGUCUUCGAGGUAUCUACAGCCUUGUAAUCAUGUUCAAAGACGAUAUGCUUCCAUCAACUAUUUGGUGGCUGCUUUGGCGCAAAAUAAAGCCAAAUUUCCUGAAAUUUCACCAGUGAAAAAUUCAUCCAAAUCCAAACCUAUAGCUAAAGAGUUACCUCCCAAGAACCUUCUGAGACUUGUGAUAACUCCCUCGGCUUUGACGGAGCAUUUUCGUCAGGCGGAGUAUACCAAUUUUUCAGUCCAGCAAAUCAGCGAAGCCCAGUCAUUCUUCAACCGUGCCAAAGUCAGCUUGGAAUGGACAUUAGCGGACUACGAAGAAAUCCCAGAUAUCAAAUAUGAGCGAUUGCUUGAAAAGAGAAUAACCAGUUUAAAUGAAAUUGACCCCUAUUACAAGACGAAGUACCACGAAUCAAUGCUUAAUUCAAAGAAAACGUUCGGAAUUCAGCCUGAGUUGUUGCGGCCACUUCCUGAAGUUCUUCUUUUAGGACACACCAAUGUAGGAAAAUCGUCGCUUCUCAACAAUUUGAUUGUCAACUCCGAUGCUUCUGAAUAUGCCUAUGUUUCCCAGAGAGCAGGAUAUACUAAAACUAUCAAUUGCUACAAUAUUGGAAGAAAAUUGAGGGUGAUAGAUAGUCCUGGGUAUGGCCAAUUUGGUGAAGCUAAACAGGGCAAGGUCGUUCUAGACUAUAUCAGUAAACGCCAUUUGCUUAGAAGGGUAUUCAUUUUGAUUGAUAGUGUAGAAGGGUUCAGGGUGGAAGAUAUGCAGAUGAUGGACCAUCUCAUUUCUGAGGGAGUUCCAUUUGAAGUUGUCUUCACCAAGACAGAUGCCGUCAUUGGCAAGUAUAUGCCCAAGAAAGGCAUUUUCAACUCCCAGAACAACAAAAAAAGUGAUCCACAGAAGAGGGCAGAAAUGAGUGAUAUGAUAGCUAAAAGCAACGAACAGGUUAUUGCAUACUACACCAGAAUAAUUCACGAAGCCAAGUUACACGAGGUGGUGACUGUGCCAAGGUUACUCUUCAAUAAUGCCGCUACCAACCGAUACAUAGACAAGACCCAUGGGUUCAAGGAAGUACGAACCACCAUCAUGGAAAGCUGUGGGUUGUUGAAAUAG